AGAAAAAGAGGUCUAAAAGCAAAAGUUACUAUUAAUACUAGAAUAGAUGAAUAUCCAGGUAAAUUUCGCGUUGAUGAUAGACUUUUAUUUUGUAACUUUUGUGAUCAUUCUGUUGAUUGGGUACAAAAAUCAACGAUUGAUAACCAUCUUAAUAGUAUCUCACAUAAAAAUAAAAAAUAUUUAUAUGAAAACAAACAACGUCGACAACAACAAACACUUGUAACAUCUUUUUCUUCCUCUGAAUCCAAAAAAAUUAUAAUUCAUGAUUUAAUUGAAGCUUUUACUGCAGCAGAUAUCCCCUUAGAAAAA